UUCAUUUUCGCAGUGAAGGAAAAAGAGAAAAAACGGGCGUUUCGUUUAUUUUCCUUGGGGAGACAAUUACCCUAACGCGCCACCGGUCGGGUCGUCUUCUUUCCACUGGUUUUGCCGCCGUCUGCGACGGUAAACACCGGAGACGCCCGCACGCAUACCCAGUCUCUCUCUCUCUUUCUCUCUGCGUCUGCUGGUGACUGCUUCUGGGAGCCUCAGCUGCAUUUCGAGUCCGAAGUCGUUGAUUCUUAGGGUUCCUUCGAAGUAUUCAUCUGAGGUCGCGGAGAAAUGGCUGGUCGUUCUGGUUCACUACUCCGAUCUUUGAGGUCGUUGAUUGGGUCCUCGCGAAACGCGUGGCCCCGCGAUGAUGCCCACUUUGUCCAGCCUCACCGCUCAUUUUUCACGAUCAACAGUGGCAGCACGGUGGGACAAUUGGGCAGCAACCGCUUGCCAACACCGAUCCAGGCAGGUUAUAUGAGACAGGGUGUUUUUACGGGUAGCUCUUCUUCGUGGAACAUUUUGCACAAUUUGGCGUACGGCAAUUUCUUGUCUCAGCAGCGAAGGACUUUCAUUCAGAUGGGGACUAUUCUCAAAGUGGUGGACAAUUCAGGGGCGAAGAAGGCAAUGUGCAUCCAAGCUUUGAAGGCGGGAAAGAAAGGGGCGAGGCUGGGAGAUACAAUCAAGGUGUCUAUAAAGGAGGCCCUUCCCAAUGGGAAAGCGAAGAAAGGGGACAAAUUCAGCGCCAUAGUCGUGCGUGCUGCCAUGCCGCGGGGCCGCUGUGAUGGCAGCGAGAUCAAGUUCGAUGACAAUGCCUGCGUCCUCAUCGUGAACAAAAGCAAGGACAAGGACCCCGUGGGGACGAGAGUGUUCGGGCCGGUUCCGCAUGAGCUGAGGAAGAAGAGCGUAAAGAUUCUGACUUUGGCGGAACAUAUCGCAUGAAGAAAUCAUAAUUCAUAUGUGGGGUGAGGUUUCUGAACGGUGCAAUGAUGUCUGGAUAUGCGUUUCGCAUGGGAGUGGUUUUGUCCCCUCUUGAGCUCCAUCUACCUGUUCUUGCAUCUGAAGUGAUCUUCAUUGAUGAAGUGAGAGAAACUCCCUCUCUCCCUCUCUCUCUCUCUCUCUCUCACUGUGGAAUCUUGCUUUUGUUUCCCCUUUAUGCCAACUUUUCUCAGCCGAACAAUGAGUACUUUCAAAAGAAUUAUCCGGUUUCGGACCAUGGAGGAAAACCACCCACGUGAAGAUGUGCAGUGCUAAGCAGUUGACGAAACUAGUGUGGUGAUGAUAAUUGUCAUUGAUGAGAGAUUCUCCGCAUGUCAUCGCAAAGUUUUUAACCAGAGAAAUAUGAGACGUGGAAUCAUCAUAGUUCUGAAGUUGAAAUUUUUCAGAUGUAACACGUAACUAUGUGUAGCGAUUUUCACAUUUCGUAUGGUUUUCUCAGUCA